AUACCAGUAGUUUUUAUCUCUCUUUUACUAAAGUAGUUCAUAUAUCACCAUCUCAUUAUUCAUGCUCAAAUCAAUCGUGUUUUGUGAAUUUUCAAUCUUCGGUAUUUUAGUGAAUUUACGAUUUUUCCAAUAUUGUUUGUUUUUAUGAACUUUUGGAAUAAUCACUGUCAAUAACCUUUUGUGUGUGCCAAACAUAUCGUACCUAUUUGGUUUCGCAACAAUUUCUGUACUUGUAUUCAAGGCAAACUCUUGCUAUGUUUGCAAUUUAUAGUGUAGUGGUGUUGUAGUUUGCUUGCUUUGUAAAGUUAAAUGUCUGUGUCUUUGUGCGUUUUGAGAGUUGAGAUUGACGAAGAUCUACCUGAAAUGGGUGACAAUCCAAAGGCGCCAGAAGCUGCAAAGGAACAGAAGAAGAGAGACCGCGGGGCCCGUGAAGCAAAGACUAUAACAGUAGAGACAUAUGCUAGUGUACUAACUGGUCAGAACACCUCUGGCAUCCUGCCCACAAGCUCGCGUCGGUCCCCACCAGAGAGCAGCAUUUCUGAAGACGACGAAACUAUUAGUUUCUUCUGUGGAAACCCAUUAAUUGAAGUCACCAAGGGUGUACUGCACUUGUAUAAAGAAAAUGAACUGAAAGAAGCAGCAGAAGAGGCAAAGACACUAUGCCUGCUAGCAGUGCCAGGUGCACUGGGAGCAUCAGACUUGUUAGCAUUCGCAGCGGCCUGCCAACAGGAUAUAGCCCACGUGAGGGUGCUGAGAGACGGCUCGCCCGACCACUACAUGGCUCUACUUACAUUCCGGACAUGCAAGGCUGCUCGCGAGUUUUACGAAGUGUUCGACGGAGUUCCGUACAGCAGCUUGGAGCCCAACGCGGUGUGCCACAUGGCGUGGGUGUCGCGCGUGGAGUGGGCGCGCGACGGCGCUCCGCCCCCCGGCCACACCGAGCUGCCCACCUGCCCUGUAUGCCUCGAGCGCAUGGACGAGAGUGUGGCGGGCGUGCUGAGCGUGCAGUGCGCGCACUCGUUCCACGCGGCGUGCCUGGUGCGCUGGCGCGCCGCGCGCUGCCCCGUGUGCCGCGCCGCGCAGGUGCCCGAGCCCGCCGCGCAGGCGCGCUGCGCGCAGUGCGAUCUACAGCAAGAUGAGGACGGGUCGGAACCCCGCGAUAACCAGCCGCUGAGCGGAGUGGCCGAGGGGCUCCCGGACGGAGUGGAGUCUGGCUCUCUGUGGAUAUGUCUCAUCUGCGGCCACGUCGGCUGCGGCAGAUAUGAGAACGGUCACGCUGCCAAACACUUCCUGGCAUCAAACCACACGUACGCGUUACAGCUGGGCUCCAAUCGCGUCUGGGACUAUGCUGGUGACAACUUCGUCCACCGCCUGGUCCAAAACAAGGCGGAUGGCAAGAUAGUGGCUUCCGAGGGCGCCGCGGCCGAGCCUUGUGGGGACAAACUGGACUCCGCCCAGCUCGAGUUCACGUACAUCCUGACCGCGCAGUUGGACAGCCAGCGCGCCUUCUACGAGGAGAAGAUCGCCAGUAUAACGCUGGCUCACUCUAAAGAAGUGGCUGAGCUGAGUUCGCGCGCGGCCGCGGCUGAGCAGGACAACGCUACACUGCGGAGCGAGAUGGCGGAGCUGAGUCGCGACAACAAGGCGCUCGAGCGGAAGAUGACGACGCUCUCGCACAAGCUAUCAACGCUGCAAGGAGAGUUGUCCUCGGAGCGGAGCCUAGCUCGAGCGCUGGCCAGCAGCCAGGCCGAGUGGCAGACCAGGGCCAAGGCCCGGGAACAGGCGGCAGACAAAGAGGUGGCAGAGCUGAAGGAGCAGCUCCGUGACGUGAUGUUCUUCGUGGAGGCGCGCGGACAGCUGGAGCAGGGCCGCGCGGGCGCGUCUGCGGCUGAGCUCGUCUCCGCCGCCGUCAGCGUGGCGCCGCCGCCCCAGCCCAGGAGGAAGCGCCGCUAGGCGUCUGCGGCUGAGCUCGUCUCCGCCGCCGUCAGCGUGGCGCCGCCGCCCCAGCCCAGGAGGAAGCGCCGCUAGGCGUCUGCGGCUGAGCUCGUCUCCGCCGCCGUCAGCGUGGCGCCGCCGCCCCAGCCCAGGAGGAAGCGCCGCUAGGCGUCUGCGGCUGAGCUCGUCUCCGCCGCCGUCAGCGUGGCGCCGCCGCCCCAGCCCAGGAGGAAGCGCCGCUAGGCGUCUGCGGCUGAGCUCGUCUCCGCCGCCGUCAGCGUGGCGCCGCCGCCCCAGCCCAGGAGGAAGCGCCGCUAGGCGUCUGCGGCUGAGCUCGUCUCCGCCGCCGUCAGCGUGGCGCCGCCGCCCCAGCCCAGGAGGAAGCGCCGCUAGGCGUCUGCGGCUGAGCUCGUCUCCGCCGCCGUCAGCGUGGCGCCGCCGCCACAGCCCAGGAGGAAGCGCCGCUAGGCGUCUGCGGCUGAGCUCGUCUCCGCCGCCGUCAGCGUGGCGCCGCCGCCACAGCCCAGGAGGAAGCGCCGCUAGGCGUCUGCGGCUGAGCUCGUCUCCGCCGCCGUCAGCGUGGCGCCGCCGCCACAGCCCAGGAGGAAGCGCCGCUAGGCGUCUGCGGGUAUCGUGGAAAAUAAAUGCGCCGAUUGUCGAUUUAUUUAUUAUUAUAAACAGCUAAAACUAAAAUUUUAUAGGUUUAAUCUAGAACAUGAGAAAAAAGGAGAGAGCGCUAAUAUAAAAAAAUUGUCUCUCAUCGGGGCCGGGAAGUUUUAGGGAAACGUUCUAUCUCAUUUGGUUUGUUUCAUAUCGCGAUCCUCCAAAACCCAUUUGUUAUUUAUAGUCUCUCUCUCUUUCUCAUAGCUCCAGCUAGACCACAGACACUGGCGAAUGUAAUAAUAUGUAGAACUUUUCAAAUACACAAUCUUCUAAAUCUUCCGAAAAAAAAUUAUGUAAAUCUUUUUUUAAUCGAUAUAGGGUAUGUAUAAUACUAUAUCGAUGUUAUUUUGUUUGUAAAUAGACUUGAAUCUUGAGUUUGAGCUUGAGGCAUGUUCGUAAUAAUUAUUUAAUAUUUUACUAUAAUAAUAAUAGUUUAAUAAUAGAAGUGAUUGGAAACAGAAUGGGCAGGUCUUUGCCCAGUGGUGGGACCUGAUAGCUACAUAUAAAUAGUUUUGUUAAUGAAGGCAUUAUUUCUCUUGUAAAUGCUGAAAAUUGCUGUGAUAAUGUCAUUUAGAUGUAAGUAAUGGCUAGAUUUUGACGAUGGAUUACUAAAAUAUAGUAAAUUAAUUAGGCAUAUGUUAAAGUUAGUCAUCUUUUGUACAAAAUUCAUCUUGUUUCCUUUUCAUAUUGUUUGCACAAUAGUUCUGUUUUCAAGGUUGAAGAUCUAUCACACAGUUAUCUUAUCAGCAAAUUAUCUCUGUUAAAAUACUUCGAAAACUGAACUUUUUAAAUUUUCUUUCUCAUAUGUGCAUGGAUUUAGUAAGUACUUCGAGUACUUACUAAUUCCAUGUAUAUGUGAGACUGAUUGUACAUUGCCUUCUCUUUCCCAUACAUUAUUAGUGAGUUUGAGAAACCUAUAGACAUCCAGUCCAGACGUUUCUUUGUUUUUUGUUUUAAUUUAUUGUAUUGGCUUACUUAAAUAAAUAUAUUAUUCAUAUAA